UCCUCUAUCGGCUGCAUUACGCUUAGCUGCCAAGCUAACACCAGGCUAACACACUGUUGAGCUCGCGCAGUACAUUCUCAUGAUGGAGGAUUUGAUGACGUUUAAAAACCACGUGUCGUUCAUCGUCAGUCAUUUGGCCAAAACUGUGAUGACGGAAAUUUUCACCGCGGCGGGAAAACAAAGUCCUCGCACUGACGACAGACUGACAGCUGUGGUGGACAGACUCUGUGUCGAAGCUGUGGAGAAAAUCCUGCAGCUGGUUGAAGUGAGUCGUCGUCAGUGUGACGUCACAGAACUGAGCAACGGCGCUGUGACGACGACACAGAAGCGUGAAGGUGAAGAUGGUGGAGGUGACCACACCCCCUCAGGCCACAGCCACAUCCUGGUGUACGGGAACGACGACGCUGUGGACUCCAGGUGCCUGCAGGUGUCGCUGCAGAGCCACACGCACGCUGGCGGUGAAACUAAAACAAGUUUGUCUGAGGAAACAGCUGGGGUGAAGAGUCUCCUUAGCUCCGCCCCUCAUGCCAACAUCCCCGACCACGAGUACGCUCAGACGUCUUCAGGUCCGCCUGGCCGUGCCUCACCAGAGGAGGGCGCCACGUCUACAGCAGGAAACAGGAAGCGGGGGCGAGGACACCGGAAGAACAUGACAAACCAAACAGCGGCGUCUGUAGAGAAGUGUUUGCAGUGUGAGAGGCUUUUUCCAAACGGCGAGCGUCUCGACGACCACCGGCGUAAAUGUCACCCGUCGUGUUCGCUGUGCGGCGCUCACUUCACCGGCGUCCUGAAGCUGCGCGACCACGAGAUCAGAGAGCACGGCCUCCUGCCGUACGCCUGCGACUUCUGCCCCAAGAGAUUCAACCACAAAUCUCACCGCGACCUCCAUGUGAAGGCGCGGCACACGGGCGAGAAAAGCUGCCACUGUGACAUCUGCGGGAAAGGCUACGCCUGCGUCAGCGUCCUGAAGACUCACCGCAUGACGCACUUUGACAAGACGUUCGUCUGCGACGUCUGUGGGAGGAGCUUCUACCACGCCUGCCACCUGACGCGCCACAAACUGGUUCACCAGGAGGUUCGGCCGUACCAGUGCGCCACCUGCGGGAAGGGCUUCACGCAGGCCACCAACCUGCGCAGCCACCAGCUGAUCCACAGCGGCGAGAGGCAGCUCUGCGCCAUCUGUGGGAAAAGCUACCGCUGCCUGAAGAACCACGUCAUCAGCAAACACUCGGACGAGCUUCCCGCCACCGACGCCGUUGUCGUCUGCGACGUCUGCGGCAAGAAGUUUGCGAACCGCUCGCAGCUCAGGGUUCACGAGAGGAGCCACACGGGCGAGAAACCCUUCCACUGCGACGUGUGCGGGAAGAGUUACCGUCUGAAGGAGAUGCUGCGCGACCACAUGCACACGCACACGGGCCAGAAACCGUACCGCUGCUCGCUCUGCGCCAAGACCUUCAGCCUCGCCACCAGCUUCAUGAGGCACCGCAGCGUCCACAGCGGCGAGACGCCGCACAGCUGCCACGCCUGCGGGAAACACUUCCGCCUGCUCACCUUCCUCAAAGCUCACCUGCAGACCAAAGGUCACCAGAGGAGGGCGCAGCAGAGGACCCCCGACCUCUGACCUCGCCAUGUGAUCAGACUCUGACCCCUGACAUUAAUAAUCUGCAGCAGAUGACGAGUGAAGGACGUUUACAACAGCGUCAGUGAUCAGCUGAUUAUUGAUCUGCUAAUAGCAGCUACCUGCUAAUGUCACGUUAGCUGUGUCAUUAGCAGACGAUGACAUCAUGACGUGUUGAAAUAUGGAGACGUUUUAUUGUCCAUUUUUUAACUCCUGCUGUUUCUGUCUCUCACAAUAAUCCAAUAAUAAUCCAAUAAUAAUCCAAUACCCAGGAUUGUGAUGUAAACCUGCUGUGAUCGGAGGAUUAAUGAUCGUCCAAUCACAGAACAUUUCCCCUCGUUCUGCACCUCAGUGUGAUGAAAACAGUGAAGGGGUCAAAGGUCAAACUCAAAGCGCCACAUCGUCAUUUUUACUUUCCUUCAUACUCGUCUUCAUUUAGUUAAGAACAUUAAAAAAGUGACACGUUUGUAUUAAAAUGGACAA